UUUCGCGACGUGACGCGGGUUCAUCAAUGAACGGUUGAUUCGUUAACGAUGCAGCCCGUUCUGAGGAGAGCCAGAACAACAUUCUUCAAUUUAUACUUCAGAUCUUUAACUCCCCUCCGCAAUAACCACUCCCUUCCAGGGUCGAAUAUCAAUUGGAGCAAACCAACGUUUUCCCGAAGCCCCAACCCCGAGGAUCGCCAUACCAUGACCAAGGAGGCCACCCCUCCUCCCCCAGCAACCACUACCCGCCAGCCACCUUCUCUACCCAAUUCCCCUAUAGCCAAACGACCAAAGACAACAGCAACCAUGGCCCCCGCAGCUGAAUCGGCUGCUGCCCCAGCUCCAGCUCCAUCAGAAUCUACUACCACCCCCAGCGCAACCCCCGCCGUCACCUCGCUCUCUCAAUCGAAGGCUCCCCCUCUCCUGGUCAAAAAGCUUGUUCCCACUGCCCGUGUUCCCACUCGAGGUUCAGCCUUUGCGGCAGGAUAUGAUCUAUACUGCGCGAAGCCAAUUGUAAUCCCAGCCAAAGGGAAGGACCUCGUCAAUACCGGACUGGCAAUUGCUGUUCCAGAGGGGACUUACGGGCGUAUAGCACCUCGCAGCGGCCUCGCGUCGAAACAUUUUAUCGAUACGGGCGCGGGUGUCAUCGAUGCGGAUUACAGAGGCGAAGUCAAAGUUUUGCUGUUCAAUUUCUCGGAUACGGAUUUUACAAUCAACGAGGGCGAUCGCAUUGCCCAAUUGGUUCUUGAACGGAUUUAUACACCUGAGGUAGUAGAGGUGGAGCAGCUGGAAGAGAGUGUCCGUGGUGCCGGUGGCUUCGGAAGCACGGGAUAAAUAAACAUACAUUGUGCACUCGAAUUUUUUUAGAAGGGGUUGAAGCGUGCAUUUUCGUUAGAGGAUAAUAUUUUAUGUGACAAUUGACUGAUGGGUGUGCCUCGUUCCCGCUUCCGCGCGCAUGUAGAGAAAUAUGGAAAAUGAGAUGGAACAAUAGAACCAAGCGGGUGUUACCUGUAUGUGACUUGACCCGGGCUAAAUCUACCAUGAUAUGUUGUUUCCAACAACUUGAGGGCCGUUUGUUUACUUUCGGAAGAUGAAACGAAUGAAUGGAAGGAUGACUGAAUGUGAAUGUUCGUGGGCUUGGAUAUCUGACGUUCCCAUACAGGAAACCAAAUAUUGUUGAACUUUUAUUUGAUGGUAAGGAUGAGUCAAACCAGCCUAUUUAAGCCAGUUAGUUGCAAGCCAAAUAUUCAUGGGUGAGGAGUAAUUUCUUUUCUCUUGAUAUUUUUCUAAAUAAAAAUAGAUAUAUUCAACCCGAGUCUAUGAUAUAGCUUAAAAUCCAAAAACGAGGGCAUAUAUCCAUGCAACUAUCACUCUCAAUCCACACCGCCGCCUACCCUGGUGCACAUCUAGCUCACCAGAAACGAGUAAAUCCAAAAAUAUAGCGAAAUAAACCAAACCUCCCACGGAAUCUAUAUAUAUACAUCCUUAUCCAACCACCCUCCCCAACCCGGUUGCUAACAUCACACCUUCCAUUCCUCCGCCACAAACUCUACUCCCCUAGGCUUCUUCAGCAACUCCGCAUUUCUCACAAGUUGUAUCUCCGCCGCCUUGGUCUGACGAAGAUACGCCCUUUUCUCCCGUGCCUCCCGCCGCUCCGCUUCCGACAGCCCCGCAAACUCAACUGCAUCUUGCAAACG